CCCGUUUGUUUUGUUGCGUUUUUCUAUCACGGAAAUUCUAAUUUUUAGCUUACCAAGUUAUACCUUCAAUUAUGACUAAUUCGCCUUUCUCCUCUAUUUAGUGACGAAAAAGCAGUCAUGAACGUAUUAGAAAAGGCGGAGAAGGCGUUGGAAUAUUUAAAAAACACUGAAGGGCUUGUAAGAGGUCAUGAGCUACAGGCCGCAGCCGGAACAUUGGGGCGAUGCUUAGGGGCACUAGGAAGCCGGCAAAACUGUGCUCGGCAUUAUGCUAAUUUGCUGCAUACAGCAAUACCCACAUUACUAACUUUAGCUAGUAAUGAGAGUGCUGAAUUGCGAUUGCUUGGAGAUGAGGCAUUAAACAGGGCAGUAGCAGGUGGAUUUGCAUUUCAUUCAUACAAAACGAACAUUGUUUUGCAAAACCAAAUAGAUACUAAUAAAAAUGCAAGAUGGAUAAGAGCAGCCCUAUCACGAAUAUGUCUCGGCGAAUGCUGGCUUCGACCAGGCGUUGGCAAGAUUCGUUCACAAGCUCAGACACUGUUCCCUAAACUCAGCCAAAUUGUGAGACAGACGACGGAAAUACAACUCAUUGUGGAGGCAUUAGAGAAUAAUUUACCUCGAAUACUGAAUGGCUUGGCUGAAUAUACUACAGAUGAGGAAAUAUCAGAAUUGUCUAAGGCCCUGCUGACGCACGUGGAGAGCUCAGAGCCAGCUGUGCGUCGUGGUAUCGCAAACUGUAUCGCACAGUUGUGUUCGCACAGAGAGCCUUUACUCACUAACAUACUGUCUAAAACUUUUGAAACGCUGUGGCCGUUGGCGCAAGAUGACUCAGUGGUUAUCGGAUGGUUUUGCGUCAUCAAAGCUAUAUUUCAGAUAAACGAUAUAACGAAGUUUCGAGAAAAUGAUCUUUUCAGUGUUCAGGAUUUUUUGGAGCUCUAUCAGCUCUGCAUCCACUACAUCGAGCAGUCGACAACUGAACACAACAUACAAAACACAGUGAUAGAGUGUCUCUCUGUGUUGCUGUCGCAGGCCAGGGAUGAAUACAGACGGGCCUUGUUGGAAAGACAUCCCAGGCCAGUGUGUCUCGAUGAUAGACAGACAGAGAAAGGGCACCGAAGGAAUAUUAGCUACAGCAGCGCGCGCUCGGCCCGCUCGGCGGCGCCACUGGACUGCAAGGACACGGAGCUGUGCUUCAGCGGCGCGCUGCAGCUGGGCAGCGUGCUGCAGCUGCACCGCCCCAGCGCCAGCACCGACGACCUCGCUAUACAGACUCCGGAUUCACCAGAAAGCGAGUCCGAUAUCCAAAUGCCGGACACAGAACAGCUAUCCAAGGAGUUGUCAGAGAAGUUACAAGAUUACGAGGAUGAUGGGAUUGAUGAUGAUGUGAUCAUAACCCGUGACGGUGGUAUAAAGAUAAAUAUUGGUUCAUCAACGGAUGACGAGGUCCGGCUUAAAUAUUGCGCAAGACUUCUAACAUCCAAGUUUCUGCUCACUGGGAAUAAAGGAGGAAUUAUAUCUGAUAGAUUAGUCCGCGUGUCGGUGAAGUCUUCAGCACUAACCUGCCUCUCCGCGAUAGUGCAAGUGUACCCGCAAGCUAUCACAAUGUAUGUCGAUAAGGAUGCGGAUAUCAAGUUUCAGAACUACUCUGGUUCUUCAGAAGGAACAGAUUCGAAUCCGGAUCACAUAAAUGAAUUUAUAAUCGAAAGAAAUGUUUGUUACCAGGAUUCCAUAACGGAAUCGUUGAGUCAGGAACUCUUGAACUGCAGCACAGAGAGCCCUUCCCAGCUCAUAUUCAAAAAAGACAAAUCCCUUGAGAAGUCUACGGACAGUGAACUGAAGAGUUCCAAAGAUGUUCAGAGCGCUACACUCGAUAGUAAAGUCUUCGCCAAAGACUUAGUUGCUAGCGGUCUGAGCGCAGACAGCACCAAUCCCAAUAUGACAAACAGCAAUUUCACCACGAACUCAAAUAUGACGGGAAGUAUUGAUCAUAUAUCCACAGGAUACCCAAUGUCCAGCAGUGGGGAUGUAUUGUCUUCAAGCAUAGACUUGGACAUGAAAUUUGACCAUUUCGGUGAAUCGACUACGAAUUUAGACUCAAUAGAAUUAAAAGAGAGACGAGAGAAAAAAGAACUGAAACGUAUGGAAGAAGUCGAUAGUAGAGAUGUUCCGGAUAUCGAUAAUGGUAUCGAUAAAAGUGAUUUCGAAUUCCAGCACAUGUCCGAUGUGUUCUUGUUACUGGAGAGUCAUAAUGAUCCCCAAAUAAGGGGCUUAGUGAGGGUCUGUAUCGGGAACUACUUGGUGGCUGCGCUGGACCUCGCCCACGGUGAUUACAAAAGGUGGAGAGUUUAUAGUCUACUAUGUAAGGAAGUCAGUGAAUUUAUUAGUGUGGAAAAAUUGAUGGAUAUUGUUUUGAAAGGACUAUCGGAUGAGAUUCACUCGACGGUGAACCACACACUCUCGUCGCUGAUUGGCCUGUCGGCGGCUCUAAGCGAGAGUGUUCACUGGUGCCUGCUGAGCGAUGCGUUGAAUUCCCUCAUCAGCGUCCAAUACAACGGCUACUGGCUGUGUCGAGUCAAUCUAGCUAAGUUGUAUGAAGCGCUUCCGUAUCAAAAACUUUUCACAUUACAUCCAGAUUAUUUAUCUAGAAGUAAACUCGUAAUGGACGCCUUACUACAUUUGCUAGCUGAUCAGGAUCAGAAGGUUCGAACUGCAGCGGCACAGGCGAUAUCGAGUAUUGUACCAAAAAUUUAUCCACCAAGGCGCUCCACACCCGUCACAAUGAUGGCUCAAAUGUCUAAAGAAAACAGUAAAAUAUUCACAUUCGACUCACACAGACUAGCUUUGGACUUAGUCAGGGAUAUAUAUUUCUACAAUGAUCUACCCGAACAGUUGAAGGUUGGGAAAAUUCUAGAAAAUAAUGACAGCUUGAUGACGAUCGUCGGCGAGUUGGUCUCGAGAUUGAUGGCGUCGAAUUGUAAGAGUUAUUCACAAGGAUUACUAGAGGCAUUGAAAUUGAUAUGCCGUAUCUGGUCGCCCUGGAAGAACACGGAGGCAUAUUCAAGUCAGGGCAUAUUGGGCUACUGUCUUGACAGCCUGGACUAUUGCAAUGGUAACGUCAACGUGAGGACAAUGCUGCUCGAUAUAUGUCGCUUGGUCUAUCCAGUUGAAAUCCACAAUAUAAUGCGUAACAGGACGACAAAUAGAGAUAUAUUCGAACGCGAUACACAGGAAACGAAGGAGAAAUGGCAACAUUUGGAAAAUCAGAAAGUCGCCAAUUUAGCCGAGAAGUUCCUUCAAGUUACAUUGAAAAUGUUGAACGUGCUCGUUCAUUUGAUAGAGGAAGUUAAUCCUAAUGUACAUUUGAAUAAGAGUGGGAUUGCCUUACCCGGGAGCCCGGUUAGAAGGAAAACUCAAGAAUCAAUCCCCAGAAAGAAUAGUAUGCCAUCUGAGUCAGAUGAUAAAGGAUCUCUAAGAAAAAAGCCGCACACGGCCGCGACGAGUCUCAAAGCGAACUUCGCUGGACAUUUCUUCAAUGAUCCCUUCUACAUGAAGCUGUAUGAGAAUCUGAGGGCUACGUACUCUAAUCAUAAGAUAAAUCUAGAACCAAAGAGCAGCAUAUUUUACGAAUUUCUAUCAACGACGCUCAACUGCUUAGCGAUACAGCUGGAACUGUCGACAGAGAAGGAAUUCGGUCCAGUCACCGAAGAGGUCUUAUAUUACCUAAAAGUCUUAAUGCCCCUUUGCCCAGAACAAACGGUCUACUGUGUGACUCAGCUUUUAAAGUGUCUGUUCGGUACGAACAUGAUAAACCAAUACUCAGAUUUCAUGAAUGUCGCAACUAAGAACUUCACCGAUGAAAGCCCGAACUUCUUCCAAGAUGUAAUGUUGGUGAACUCCUUGAAGUUAAUCGAGGAUGAUAAGAGUAGUAUCAGCUCGAGUUCCAGCCAGAAACUGUCGCUGGACAGCAAGAAUCCGAGGAUGAUGGAUGAGAGACACCUCCUGAUUAUGUUGGAGAAUUUUUCAAAGAACCGCACGGACAGGAAGUGGAGUACUAAUAAGAAGGAGCUGGAAAGGUACAUUCGCUUGUUCGAACCUGUUGUCAUUCAGUCUUUAAAGAGUUACACAAUGCAGAAUGACAUUCCACUGCAGUGCGCGGUACUACGCCUGCUGUGUCAGCUGCUCGCUUUACGGGUGAACUACUGCAUGCUGGACAGUGAUCAAGUUUUCAUCGGAUUUCUAAUGAAGCAACUCGAUCUUGUCGAGCAGCAUGAAAUACCGCACUGCUGUGAGCUCGUUAACAGUAUUCUAUUGUUUUUGGUGCAACUAUCUUCGUCGAAACAUCACUCAAAACAAAUAAUUGAAAUACCAAAGUUGAUACAACUGUGCGACGGUCUGAUGGCGUCCGGGGCUCAAGACGAAUGUAUCGCUGGCCUGGAACCGGUUGCGGUCCGAGUGUUCAGCAACAUGGGGGGUGCUAGCACGUUGGGGAGGGCCCAGCAACAAGAAGCGCAGGCAACGAGAGAAGUUUUGUUUUAUAUGCUGCAGAAAACUAUGCACCAGCCUAAGGUAUUGAAUCUAGUGUCAUGUGUGCUCUCGCUAUCCCAAGAGCACCCAGAGAGUUACUACCGCUGGUCCGAGUUGGCCAGCGAUACGUUACUCAACUUGCUCAGCGAGAGAAGUGUGGAGUGCGAUUCUAUUCACGCGGUGGAGUCGUUGGAAACUCUGCUACAGUCUCUGUAUAGAGAUGUAUUGCUGGAACAGACACGGGUUGAGAUAAUCUUGAAGAUAUUGUUCAAAGCGCCACUGGAUCAAGAAACAACACCGAGGAAACUAAAACUUCGCUACUUAACAAUAAUAAUGGUGUUGUUACGCAAAGUCCUCGUUCUCAUACCGGAAAGCGAGAUAUUGCUAUCUAUUAAUUAUUUAAAAUCGACUUGCAUUUCGCCUCAAUCGAUAUUCUUCAACGUAAAACCAAACGUCGACCCGUUAAACGUUCAAAAUGUUAAUGAAAACUGCGCAAACCUGUCCCCGGAUGUGAUCCUAGUACGAUUCCUUUUUAAAACGUUGACAUUUGCGAUCAUUGAAAUGGAAGACUUUCAAGCGAAUAUCAACCUUGAGGAUGAUGAUGAUAAAGCUCAAAAUCGAUUGAUGUACUCUGUAUGUGUGAACAUCAUUAUACAGGCUAAACAUAUGCUUCAUUUGACGAAUGGCUGCCUGUUCCCUCUCACAGCUAAAACGGCUCAAACGAUCCUACACAAUGAGCAAAGCGGUCUGAACACGGGACUUUACAGUCCUGAGGAAAAUAUUCCUUUGGAUACGUUGAAUUUGAUAUGUUUGAGAUCUGCUCACCGACUGCCGCUGAUAACUGUACACUGGUCACAUCUGUUGAUAAGACUAAACUUCCUGUCUCAUAAGUACUGGCACAAGCUGAUCGGCUUCGCUCGCAACUUGCCGCUCAGUGCGGACAGCGGGGACACCGCGCUGCUGAGGGUCGACGUACUCCAGACGGCCUGCGUCAUGGCUUAUUGUGAAUACUUUAUAGACAACGGUCUGUCGGAAGCGGUCCACCUGACGUGGCUGCUGGUGAACCGCGUGCACGUCCUGGUGUCGCAGCUGGGCGAGCCGGCCGUGCGCGGGCUGCUGGCGCGCGUGCAGCGGGCGGCCGGCGCGUCGGCGCUGCUGCUGCAGGCCGUCGCCGCGAGGUGCCAGGCCUGCCUGAAGGAUGAAUUUGCACUGAACACACACAAAAUAUUGUCCCAGUGUCAUGAGAGUCAGUCGGGAGCAUUGGUCUUUUUAAUAUGUCGAAUUAUCGGUAAACUGGAACCAGCUAUCGGUGCUCGAUUCGCAAAACUGGCAAUAGACAGAUGUAAGUCAUUGAAGAGUAUGUCGCCAGAGAUAAUAAACUCUCAGCUUUCGAAAGAAGAUGUUCAAGUUGCGCUUGAAUUGUUGCAAAGGGACAAGGUUCAUAUCCGUUAUUCAAAUUUGGUAGUGGAAUUAAACGGACUGGCAUCCAGCGUGUUUGAUCUGUCACCGUUGGAUCUCUCUCAGGACAGGGCGAUCAAUCCCCAUUACAUCAUCACGAGCAACGUAGACAGCUGCUGGUUACUUAACCAGGUCAAAAGCAGAUGCUGUCAAACGGAUUGUAACAUUCCGAAAGUACCGAAGUAUAACGAUUUGGCGCUACUGCUAUUAAACCUUUCCCAAGAAGAUCUAAAAGCCAUAAUGUCCUAUCCGGAGUUUGACAGGAAAAUAUUAAGCUCGUGUUUCAAAGUAGCGUGUGAAACAUUCACAAGAGACUUCUUCAAUGCAAUUUCAGAGCAAGAACUGAGAGAGUCAGAGAUAGACUUGAUAAGAGAACAGAGAGAGAUGGAGAUAGCUAAGGAGGAAAUGUCUUCUUCCGUCGAUAGCAAUAAAUUAUACGUAGUCAAUACUUUACAGGUGUUCAAGAAGGGCGAUGCUAAAGAGUCCAAAUCCCAAUUCUUCAUACCGAUUAUGGAUAACGAUGUCAAAGAAAAGUUUGGGAACUUGCAAAUAUCGGAAGAGGAAUCUGAUAUUACGAUACCAGAAUUGUCUAAAUUGUAUCAAGUGUCCUUGAUGACGUUAGACAAGUCGUUGGCCGAUGUUCUUAAACUUUUCCCAAAACAAAAUCGACCAUUGAGCCAAUCGGAAAACUUUAGUUUGAAUGUCGAACAAACUAUAGACAGAUACACGAGGCGAUGUCACCAAGUUUUCCAAGAUAAAUUAUUCUAUCAGGAAUUUAUAACUAUACAUACUGUAUUGACAGGAUUUUUGAAAUCUGCUGACGCGAUUUUGACUCUUAUAGACGAAACUGACUGUGAUUUAGUAGAAAAAUGCGUUGAUAAUAUAAUUCCAAAUUCACUAUCUAGAAAUAUAGCUGUGUUUUCCGUUGUAUCGCUACAAUAUAUGUCUUUCUUGAUAAAGAAUAAGAAAAUAGUUGAGGCUCCGAUAAACGCUGAUGUUUCAUUCCGUGUGACGAACGUAUCCAAGGAUAAUGUAAGCGUGGAUCACGUUAUAUUGGUCACUCUAGAGAAUGUAUCAAAAGCUCUGACUUUUAAAGAAAUUUGGUCCGAGUUGAACACCGAGAACAAUUCUAACAGGAAUCAAUCGGCGAUCAGUUGCCUGUAUGCGAUCGUUAAAUAUUUAGUUAAGGACAAAAAACCAUUGAUUCUAAAAUCAUAUAUGAAAUUUCAAGACGAAGGUCCACAACCCGAUAUAAUAAUCACAGGUAAUAAGCUGGCAACAUUGAUUGAAUAUUGGGAAGAGAAUUUGUAUACAAAAACAAAUAAAGGUAUAUUAGGGACGAGAUAUAAAAUGGCGAUCGAGAGUCUCCUUAUAAGCUUGUCAAGGCUGGAGUUGGUUACUAAUAUAGCUCUUAUACCACCAAUAGCGUGGUCAGACGUUGAGGUGAGGACGAAGAAGGAACAUCUUGAAAAGAUAGAUAUACCGUUGCAGCCCUUACAGGACAUGGAUAUUUUGGAAGCGUUUUUGUUUAGGGUGAACCUGGUGGGCUGGGCCACGAAGAAGCAGUUCGAGGAGGUGUGGGUGGCGCUGCUGGGCGCGCUGCAGGGGAACGGCCCGCACUGGGCCGUCAGCGGCCUCGGACAGCUGCUGCUGGGCGCCGCGCGCGCGCGCAGCCGCCUGCCGCACGUGCCGCGCCGACACCUGCCGCUGUCGCCCGGAAUGCAACGGCUACGAAACAUUCUCAUCGGUACAUCAGCGUACUGUAUAUUCGAAGAUGUGAACCUCGAACGAAUACCGCUGAUGAAGGACGGUGUCUGUGAAUUUCACUAUGGGCAAUUUAGUACGGAUUAUUUGAAAUACGCUGCAGAUAUGACGGACGACGUAUCGUACAAGGUUCGCAGAGAAGUUAAGCGUAUGAGGAAGAACACGGGAAUCGAUGUGAACAGCUGCCUCCAGCUGUUGAUGGACGUCGCCACUGAUAUGCUGGAUCCGAAGGCGGCGACGGGCGUGGCGGCGCGCGUGGCGCUGACGAAGAGCCUGUGCGGCGCGGCGGCGCUGCUGUCGGGCGGCGCGCAGUGGGCGCGGCUGGGCGCGCUGCUGGACGCGCCGGCGCACUGGCCCGCCGCCGCCGCCGCCGCGCUGCACGCGCUCGCGCAGGCGCUGCCCGUGCUGCACGACCUGCGCCAGCGCCGGGAGUCGUCGUCGGCGCACGAGAAGCUGCUGCGCUCGCUGGGCGCGUCGCACGCGGCGCUGCGGCAGGCGGCGCUGCGCGGCUGGCUGCUGCAGCUGGGCGCCGCGCCGCCCGCCGCCUGCGUGGCCGCGCUGCGCCGCGCCGCCUGCGCGCACCUCGCCGCCGACGACAGAAUAUCUCUCCAUGAAAAAAGUCUAUAUUGGGCGGUGCUGUUCUCUUUGGUGGAAAUCGGACAUCCGGAGCUGAUGAAUAUACCAGUUGACUUCGUACUGUCAAAUCCGAGACAUUAUUGUGCCGAUUUAGUUGUUAAAGGUAUCACGUCAAUACUUCGUCAACAAGUGCUGCCUAAAGACUUGAAGAAUAAUAUAAUAGAAAAAUUAUUAGAGAACAUGAACAAAUGUUCAGAAAAUCAUGCGGUACAAAUCGUAAUGGUGCAUUUGUUUUCAGCAGACAGCAAGCUCUUAAGUCCAAAGCUCGAACCGCAUGUCUCGAACAUGGAUCCAGACAUUCUAAUGAACUCGAUGGAGCGAAUAACAUUACUCUAUAAAGUGUUAAGGCAGUGCAAGCGUAGAGAAAAUAAACAAAUCAUAUCGUCAGCGUUGAAGUACUUCCUGAGGGAGACUCUACCGCCCGCGGCGACUCUGAGCAGAGUCGUGAUAGAGUACUUGGAGUGCUGCAAGGAGACCGAGAGGAAAUGUAUGGGGAUGAUGACCGAUAGGGACAGGUGGAUCGAGUGUUCCGUGCUUAAUUCGGAAGUCGUUUUCGAGGUAUUCGAGACAUCAGUUGCCCAAGACCAGCUACCGGUGCUAAGCGGAUGGAUCUUCGAAGCGCUUUGUCACUUGCUAACUGGAAAAAUAUCACCUAAACUAUUGCCAUAUUGCCUUCUAACGUUACUAGUUUCGGCCGGUUCGAACCAGUUUAUAAGAUCAACGAGUGCCCUGUCAUCAUACAUACUUCGAUCUGGUUUCUAUAAAUCACCGGAUAGUGUCCAAAAUUGGGGUAUUUUUGAGGAUUUCGUCGUGCAUAGAGCGAAGAUGUCGUUUUCGGAUCGCAGACUUCUUUGUAUAGUUGCGUUACAUUCGAAUUUUAAUGCGAACCAAUUGGAACGUUUGAAAGAGCUGUGUGAAGGGAACGAAUGUCUGAACGAUUUAUUAGAAUGUUUGAUGGCAACUAAUUGAAUUAAUCAAGUCGAUCAAAGUGAUAUAGAUUUAACUUUUUUAAAACUCAUUGAAAGAUAUUUUAAGAAUGAGGAUAUUAUUGGUUCUAAUUCUUGAUUUUAAUUACAAUAUAAAAUUAUAUAAGCGAUAGAAUAUGUUGAAGCAAAUAACAUAUAAUGACAUCAUACAUCAAGAAUUAAUAAACCUUCCAAGAUUCCAAAGUCAUAGAUUCGUUGGUCUAUUUGUGAUUAAGCAUAGAUAUAUAUAUAUAAUAAAUAUAUGUUAAAAAUUAAAAAAAUAUUGUGAGUGACAAGUUACUCACGAGAAUUGAUAUGUUAAUAACAAAUCUUACGAUGACGUCAUCUGACGCUCGAAAUCUUACGCUUCAUCGUUUGACGCUCGAAGUCUCAGUUAGCUACAGUGUAUCGAGCGUUAAGAUGUUUACACAUCAAAUAUGUAAGCGGUUAAAUAACUUAUUUAUUGUGAAACGUGUGCUUUUAACUUAAGCAUUAAGUAUAAUGUAUUCUUAUAAAAUAUUAUACACGUAAUUUAUUUCCAAUUUUCAAAAAUUUUCGUAAACAUUUAUCGUAUAAGUUUUCGUCUAAUUAAUUGCUACGUAUUUAUAUAUUUUAAUAUUAAUCACAUUUCUUUAAUUCGAUUAUAGUAAUAUAUACACGACGUGUAAUGCUAUUGCUUCAUCUACGCUAAUGUCAUAAUCUUCACAUAAGGAAAUGCCUAUCUAAUUAGUCAAUUUCUACAUUUAGUAGUGGAUUACCUCCUUAAAAUAGACCUCCGUUUCGGUGCUGAUAAUGAAACCGCGUCAAAGCUUCCAGCCUCCACUUUCUGCCAUUCUUUUUUCUCUUUCUGACGUUUCUUGUCAACGCUAGUCAGUCAUGUGGCCUAAUAAUAAUAAUAGGAAGAUGGACGAGCAUAUGGGCCACCUGAUGGUAAGUGGUCACCAAACGCCCUUAGACAUUGGCAUUGUAAGAAAUGUCAACCAUCGCUUACAUAUCCAAUGCGCCACCAACCUUGGGAACUAAGAUUUUAUGUCCCUUGUGCCUGUUAUUACACUGGCUCACUCACCCUUCAAACCGGAACACAACAAUAUCGAGUACUGCUGUUUUGCGGUAGAAUAUCUGAUGAGUGGGUGGUACCUACCCAGACGAGCUUGCACAAAGCCCUACCACCAGUAAAGUAUAUAUGUAUAUAAAAGAAUUUGGGAUUAAUUGAUUUUACUUUUAUAAGGUUUUCAGAAAUUAUAUUGAACGUACUUUAUUUCAAUGUUAUGAAGAGUAAAUAUAAACAAAAUUUAAAUUUUGAUAUUCUACGUAAUUUGAUAAUAGCUCUGCAAUAUUAUGCAUUACAAAGAGUUAUUAAGUAAUUGAUUAAAUUUUUUUAAUACACCCCUUCAUUACAUCACUUCACUUAUGUACACUUUAAUGUUUCUUUCAAAGUUCCGAUAACAAUAUCGUCUACAUAAGUAAGUAACAACCUGUAAAUGCCCCACUGCUAGGCUAAGGUCUCAUCUCUCUUUUGUCGUCUACAUACAAAACUAUAUUUUCUCCAAGUACCGAAUACCAUUUAGAUCGCGACCAAUAAUGUUAUGUCAAGAUCAUUUAUCUUAAUUUUUUUCUUGCCAUUGGAAUCAACUACAGUUCGUAUGUAAUAAUAUGGAAUAAGCUCCAAACCUUCUCCUCAAAAGGGAGAGGAGGCCUUAGCCCAGCAGUGGGACAUUAGCUGUUACUGUAGUAUUUAAUGAACACGCUAAAUCCCUUUAACGAAAAAUCCAUGUAUGAGUGAAAGGUGCAGCUAAUUAUUGUCGAAUGUUUAAUAUCGUUAUUAAUGUUAAAGCUCAUUAUAAUAAUAAUAAUAAUAUCCUGGGACAUUUUUCACACACGGCCAUCUGAUCCCAAAUUAAGCUUGUACAAAGCUUGUGCUAUGGAAACCAGACAACUGAUAUACUACAUAUACUACUUUUUUUUUGUAAAUACAUACUUAUAUAGAUAAUUACACCCAGACUCAGGACAAACAUUCAUGUUCAUGCACACAAAUGUCUGUCCUGGGUGGGAAUCGAACCCACAACCUUCGGCGUGAAAGGCAAGUGUUCUACCAACCACGCCAACCGACUAACAUUAGUAUGAAUAGCACAAAAAAUGUUUUAUAUGUUUUUUUUAAUAUUAAUUUUUCUUUAAAGAACAAAUCUUCGUUAUUUUUUACGUAGUUUUGGUGUAUCUCUAUUAUUUCGAUUCAGUUAUUUUUUUUAUUCGCCUGAACUUUUUUAUUUAGUGAGACGUCGCGUCACCUCGUUUCUCUUUCUAUCAUAUGUAGUCUAUAAAAUUGACAGUAGUCGCAGAGGUGCACUGCUGGGUGGACGUGUCUUUAUUUGCUCCGUAAAGCUAUAUAAAAUAUUUGAAAAAUGUGCAACAAACAACAAUUUUUUUUAUAACUGUAGAAAUAUUUGUGACUCGAGUUAAAUUUUGGAUAAACUAAUAUUCCUUGUACAUAUUUAUUUAUCUAUAUCAUAUUUAAGCCACGCCCAACAUCAUUGUUGGGUGUGGCUUAAAUAUCGAAAUUUCGAAGUUCAAUGGUGCUGUCAGCGUUUAAAAAGUUGACUAAUCUGCUAAGUUGCAUUAUUAACUCAAUAAAUACUCGUUAACGCAGAUGGAGUAGUAGCAUUAUAGAUAAUAGCAAUACUUAUUACUAAAUUAUAUAUAAACACAGAUUAAAUAAGGUUCAAAUAAUAGAAACGAAUAUUUUUCAAUAAUAUUUUAUAAAUGUAGUACAAAAUGAUUGUAAUCUUGGAGGCCUUUGCCGUUGUUAGUACUGUAGAAAUAUUAGUAGUUCAAUAUGGAGGAUCGUCGUAGUCGAAAAUUUAGUCUAUUAAAUGAAUGUAGUAUGUGGAUUUUUAAUAUUUAUGUAAAUUAAGUAUAAGUAUAAGACAUAGAGUCCAAGUCUAUAAUUUAUGAUACCAAUAUGGGAUUAAAAGUUGGGCAGCUUCUAUAGGAAGUUUUUAAGUCAUAUUAUAUUAGUAUUUUUAAGAUGUGACAGCCGAGCCGGACAGCCGAGAUGGCCCAGUGGUUAUAGAACGCGGGAAUCUUAACCGAUGAUCCUGGGUUCAAACCCGGGCAAGCACCACUGAUUUUCAUGUGUUUAAUUUGUGUUUAUAAUUCAUCUCGCGCUUGUCGGCGAAGGAAAACAUCGUGAGGAAACCUGCAUGUGUCUAAUUUCACUGAAAUUCUGCGACAUGUGUAUUUCACCAAUCCGCAUUGGAGCAGCAUGGCGGAAUAAGCUCCAAAACCUUCUCCUCAAAAAGGAGAGGAGGCUUUAGCCCAGCAGUGGGACAUUCACGGGCUGUUACUGUACUGUAAGAUGUUGACUUUUUGCACUUUAGAUAAAUGUUUGUUGGUUCAUGCUAUUUUCGGCUAGUUUUAACAUAAGUUUCAUAUUUAUUAACAGGAUAAAUAAAUAAAAAAAAACUAAUAAUACUAUUGAGCAUUGUAUUCAUACAUUAAUUACUCGCUAAUGUAACCAAAGGUAACUCAAAUGUGACCAAAUAAAUUUCGAAACACAUUUUUAAGCUUUUUGCUUCAAAUAUAUAUCUUAAACUUUUUUUUCCAUUCCUUGCUUAUGGUUAAGUGUUACAAAAACAUUGUAUUUUUAAAUGUCAUAAGUGACUUGGCUGUUUAUAUUAGGACGUAAGUGAUCAGAAAUGUAUUUCAUUUAAAACAAAAUUCGUAGAGCUCCUUUUCUCAAUUUUAAAGAAAGUCUUAUUUAUAACAAUAUUUAAAAUAAAAAUCAGAUAAAAAAAUUGCAAUUCAAUUCUGGAUCAUAAAUAUAUUUGUAUCUUUAGGAAACAUUUGUUUCCUUUAUAAGUAAUUCUAAAAGGUGUGGGAUAGGAGACGUCGACCCAGUGGCUUAUUGUUUUGGUAGUGGAUUGCUAGAGUCAUUCUUGGUGUUGUGUGUUGCCAGUACGGUAUAAGAUAUAAUACUGGUAUUGUCCAGACACCUUAUUUAACUUUUAGCUUAACGCUUCGCGGUAGAAAGUAAAUAAAAAAAUAAAAAAUUAAGAAAAUUAUCGGUAAAUUUCUAAAUGAAUGCGAAACGCUUUACCAACUUUUUAGAGGUUGUGAUAUUUUUUUCUACUAUUUGAGAUGUUGGAAGAUUUGAUAAAAUAUGAAGUCAAUAUGUUUUAUUAUCUAUUAUAAAAUUAAUAUAUUUUUUUUUGUAAUUUAUUACAUACAGUAUAAUUUAUAUGUUUUAUCAAUGAUUAUAAUUUUAGUUUUAUAUAAAAUCAACCCAUGAUUGGCGCUUAAAUUAUUAACCACCAAAAACAUACAUUGGUGAUGUAAGAAAUAUUAAUCAUUAUUUGUACGGAAUUCCAAUGUGCCACCAACCAUGGAAACUAAGAUGUUACAUCCCCGAUUUCCGUGGUGGCACUGGCUCACUCACCCUACAAAUCGGACAACGAUAAUAAGUAUUGCGGUUUUGGGGUAGACUAUCAGAUGAGUGGGUAGUACCUACACAGACGAGCUUGCACAAAAUCAAAUCAAAUAUUUAUUCAAGUAAGCUAUACAAUGAAACGUUUUUGAAUUGUCUAUUUCAACUCUACCGCUGUUUCGAAAAGCAGUCUCUAUAGAGAUGUACCUGUAAGAAUCUCGCGUAGUUGCAAAGCUAAUAUAAAGUUAUUGGGUUUUUCUAUCAGAAAAUUCUCAGUAGCAGCCCGAAGUCUGGAAGUUGGAAGUGUGUACAUCUCCGUGCCUCGGAAAGCACGUAAAUCCGUUGGUCCUGCGCCUAAACUCUUUCCGAUCGUGUCGGAUUGCCGUCCCAUCGGAUUAUGAGAGUUAUGGAAUAGAGAAGUGCACCUGUGUAGCUGCGUGUACCUGCGUAGUUGGCUAAUCUCUCUUGAGAUUGACCGCCGUGGCCGAAAUCGGUCUGGAGGACAUUAUUAUGUCUUAUAUACUCGAUAAGUUAUGAGAACAGGAUAAUAUAUUGAAACAGAAUUUGUGAAAUUUAUCAAUGAGUCAACCCAUAUGAUCAAAGUGGUUACAUUCGCUGCCAACUAUCUGCAAAUCUUAAUGAUUGCAAGUCAUGGAUUAGCAUAAAUAAUUUUUUAAACAUUUUUAAUGCUAUAUGUAUAUUGCUUUUUAUAUACAAACUGUAAUAUAUAUACAAUAAAGUUAUUGUAUAAUUUAUUAACAAGAUUAGUUUCAUAGUGAUCUCUCAUUUAAUGGAUUAUAAUUAAAAUAGAUUAGCGUUUUUAGUAGCGAUUUUGAACUUUAAUAAUAUAAAAAUAGAUUUAGUUUUUGAUUGUCAAUAGUAUAAUGAGUAACGAUAAUUCAGAACAAUACCCGUCGUGGAUUUUUAAUCUGUUAAUUAUAAAAUUCACCAAAAAAAUAUAUAUAUUUUAAAAAAAUAUCGGCUGAACGUUGAAUUUAUACAAUAUCUUGGGGUAGCUUAAUUUUUUAUUAAGGUACAUAUUUCGCUACAGAUGUUAAACUGUCAUAAAUAGAUGUCGCAUUAAAAAAAUAAAUAAUCCGGCAACUUGUCAAGAAUAACAAUUUCGUUGAUGUAAUCAUUUUAUUGGUGUUUUUCUAUGAUUUUAAAUUUAAGUAAUUUUAUAAAUUUCAAUAAUAUUCAAUAUAUAAAUGAUAUCAAAUAAAUAGAGUUAAAAUAACGGUAAGGGUAAAUGGAUGUUUUUGUGUGUAUGGCUCGUAGUCAAAAAAAGUGAAGGUGCAUAUUUUUCUCUACAUAAUUUUCACGUGAAAAGUUGUAUAUUUUUUUGUGGAAUCAAAUACAAUACAUAUAU